GCCGUUUGAUUUACAGCGUCCAAAUAUUUAUUUUUCGUAUUUGCUGCUUCUGUGUUUUAGCGUAGAACGCAUUAAAAUUUUGUCAGAAUCUCUUCAAAUAAGCGACAAUGGGUAAUAAAACCCGGCUUGCAUCAUUCUGUCGACUGUGCCUGACAAAAACACAAAACAAGGUUCCGGUUUUUUCUGAGGAUAACACAGUCGAGAAUCUUCUACAGCUGAUUGAGAUACAGGUGAAUCAAGGUGUGGAACCAGAUGCUGUAGUUUGUUACGAUUGUGUCGUAACGUUGGAAGGAUUUUUCCAAUUUAAAGAGCAGUGCCAUGUCAACGAUGAUUUUGUGAAAAACAUUCCAGUCGUGGACGAAACAUCCAACUACGAGGAAGAUGAGGACGAAGCAGAUAACUAUGAUUAUAUUGAAGAGGAAGACGUAGAGGACAAUGAACACAGUGAGCCUAUUGAUGAGCUCGAGGAAAAAGUAACCAUUGAAGAACUGGUUAUUCCAAAAUCUAAGAGAAAGGCUUCCCAAAGUCCAAAAAUGGCACCUACGGCUAAAGUUGGAAAAAUAUCUUCAAAAUCGAUGGAUGCCGAUGAAGUUGCCUCAAAAUUCCCGAGAAAAGCACAUGGUCCAACCAUAGAAGAGAUGCAGGUUCUAGAGGACUCGUAUCCGGAUUUUUUCUAUUUCGAGAAAGGUCCACGAACGGUUUACUUUACACUUGUAUUUUAUGGUGAACGCUAUCAUUCGGCUCUUUUCACGGAACGUUACACUUAUUGGCAGUGUAAACACCGUAUAAAGUACCAUUGUCCAGCACAGGUGUGCGUCACUAACGAUUACAAAGUUUUCGAACGCCGAGGAGAGCAUACCCAUGGAGAUCUGCCAUUUAAGGAAGGCAAAAUAUUUACUCCGUUACAGGCACUGCCAGAAUUAUUCGCAGCCUGUCGUAAAGUCGUUUUACGGAGUCGAACGAAACGUCGGCAAAAACUGCUAGAAAAACACAAACAACGCUCAAAACAACAGAUACAACAAGACAAUGAAGGUGAAGACGGAUCAGACGCGCUGAAUCGAGUAAUUAUGGAAUCUGGUAUCAAUAAUGACGAUGUCGAUGGUGAUGACGAUUACGUUGAUGAAGAAGAGUACGACGACGAUGACUAAAGCAAGUCUGUUAGAUGUGUACAUUUAUUGCUUAGUUGAUUGGCGAGCAAUUCAAUAUUCACUUCUUUUUGAUAAUGUGAACAGUAAAUAAUUGUUCUAUUAGAAUUCUGUACACAAA